AUGAGGCCUAUGCUCCUUCUGAUCGGGCUCGCCUUCAGCCUCGGCGCUGUGGCGGCCCAUCCAGUCCCAUCUUCAGCUCCUGCGACGGUGAGGAAGAUGACAGCCUGAGCGUUGCAUCCUCACUUGUCUCUGAGCUGCCAUGAAGACCCUUUGCGCCCUCGUCAGACGGAUUCGCAUGCCUCGAAGCGCUGACAAGAGACGACCGUACAGCUCGACCAGCGCGAGCCCGAGAAAAAGAAGAAGAAGAAGAAGAAGAAAAAGUGUCCUUCUUGGCCGAAGGAAUACGGUCUCGGUCCGGCGCCGCUCUUCGAGGACUGUAUCUAGGUGUGGUCGGCAUCGUAGCAGCCUAGCGCAAGUGUUACGCCAGAUUCGUGCUCACUCGUGGUUUCUGCAGCUCUCGUGCUUCCAAUGAGCAUGAAGCUAAGACGCUGUAAGAGUUCCGCACAUCCAGGCACACUGCAGUGUCGCUCGUGAACCAUGCAAUUCUGAGUCAAAGCCCGCCGACCCGGAUGAGGCGCUUGAAAUCACACCCGAGUGAUUCCUCUGGGAGACUUGCUUGAACGAUUCUACCCCGUCCGAAAGCUUUUGCAAGGCUUGACACCUGUGAGACGGAGAAUUGGUGGGCGAAAGGACAACAGAAAUACCUCGUGCCUCUUUCCCUUCCCUUGCCAAUGGUAGGAUAUUGCUGCUGUCUGAAUUUGCGUUUGCGAGUGAUCUCCAUCGCGCAUCAGCCACCGGACCUGGCGAGCGCGGCGAGAGCGCCAUGGCCCUAGAUAGCAAGAGAAACGAAGGCAGCAGCGCGCUUUCUUUGAGGGCAGUACUUGUCCUUUGAUUCAGCUGUCGCCUCUGUAUUCCCUACUGCCAAGAUGCUGCCUACCAAGCCUCGAAACGAUGACAAUCCUCCAUAUACCUGACAACCACGGCACGGCGGCAGUGUACCCGGACGAGAGCUGGGAGUGACGCCGCCGAGUGCAGCCUUCUGGUAUGCUUAUGAGUAGACGUGUAGCAACGACAUUGACGCGAAUUUAGCACCGAUCGCCAUAGCGCUGGGUGCAGACGGAGCGUGCCUAGGGCAGGUCAUCAAGCCACGAAUCACAAGGGACGUCGCAUUUCUGUCUUCGUCCCAGAGCUUGCGCUUGCAGAUGUAUAUGCAGCGGUUCUCCGAAGUAGCUUCUCGUCAUUCCCGUGCACCGCUAUGAAGGGAGCAAGGUGGCGAUGGAGAUCGCUCUCCCAAUUUGCCCAGCCCAAAAACGCGCCACCUGAUCGUAGGACCUUCAAUCCGUCAUGACGAGACAUCGCGUUCCUGCAGGCAUACGUGGCCAGCUCAUCGAGUGCCAAAGAGAGUUGCGUUCGCGUCGGCUUUGCCGUCGUGCGAGCGCGUCCAAGGAGACAGGACACCUUUUCGCUCCUCAAUCUUGGCGCCGCUACUCGUGUAUCACCAUUGCCCGGCCCUUCCUCCCUCUCCAAGGGGUAAAUCAAACUCGAGAUUUCCGAGCUAGUCAGGGUCAGCCCAGAGCCUGGUCUAAGCCCAACCUUCAAGGUUCGUUCCGCAAAUUCCGCAUGGGAAGAGAAUGUUCCGGGUAGCUCUAAGUGGCCAGAGCAAGGGAAUGUUCCGAGGACGUCCAAGUAUGCAGAGCCAUGACACCUGGCACGAGGUAGAUGCCAGCCACGCAGCGUUACUGCCUUGGCGACUGCAGCGACAUAAAUCGCCUCAGAGCUUCUUCACGACCUCGCCCCUCCAUCAACAUCGCAGCCAGCCUCUCCUCCGUCAUUCAAGCACGCCUUGCUUCACCACCCGAGCCUACGUUGCCGGCGUCACCUUCAUCAAGAGCGCGCAGAAACAUUCUUCGUCGUAAGGCAAGCAAAACAAGUGAGCAAGUAUAGGCGCGCAUCAGCGGUGCUGAUCGCUGAGCCUCUCCUCUUCCGCUGGAUCGCAGGGACGGAAUCUGAUCGAGAUCAGCAUGAAGCUCAUCAUCGUACUGCUUGCCCUGUUCCUGAGCUUCGGCACCAUGGCCGCCCUCGCGAGGUCGCUCCCUACAGAGGAGCCAAAGAAUGUCGGUAUCAGUCUUGUCAUCUCUACGCUACAAGGUCGCUUACCCCCUUGGCUGCGCCGUAUGACGAACAUGCCCGUGCAAACGCAGAUGCAGAUGAACAGGCGCGAGAGAAAAUCUGGCGAGAAGAUUUGCAAGGCAGCAAUCAAGAGCAAGAAAGAAGAGUGCGAAUCAAUGUCUGCAGGCAAGGAGAAGAAGAGGUGCAAGGCAGAGGUCGUCGAUCUAAAGGAACACUGCAAGUUCGGGGCAGAAGAACCCAAGAAGCAAAAAUGCAAGCCCUUGCCUGUCGGACUCGGGGGACUGGGCCCUCAGGUGCAGGAGAAUGGGUGCCCCUGA